AUGUCCUGCCAUUCCUUCCAGCCAGGCGCCAGAGCGGGCAACCGGGGCUUCAGCUCCUUCACGGCCGUCAUCCCCCGGGUGGUGACCCACUAUGCUGUGAGCAAGGGGCCCAGCCGCCCAGUGGGGACUGGGGGCCUCCGAGCCCUAGGUUGCCUCAGUUCUCGGAGCCUGUGCAAUGUGAGCUUUGGGAGGCCCCGAGUCGCCUCCAGGUGCGGCCUGCCCGGCUUCGGGUACCGGGUGGGGGCCCCCUGUGCACCUUCUCCUUGCAUCACCCCCGUCACCAUCAACGAGAGCCUGCUGGUGCCACUGGAGCUGGAGAUUGACCCAACCGUGCAGAAGGUGAAGCGGGACGAGAAGGAGCAGAUCAAGGGCCUCAACAGCCGCUUCGCGUCCUUCAUCAACAAGGUGCGCUUCCUGGAGCAGCAGAACAAGCUGCUGGAGACCAAGUGGAACUUCCUGCAGCAGCAGCGGUGCUGCCAGAGCAACAUCGAGCCCAUCUUUGAGACCUACAUCUGCGCCCUCCGGAGGCAGCUGGACUGUGUGGCCGGGGACCGGGCCACGCUGGAGUCGGAGCUCGGGAGCCUCCAGGACGUGCUGGAGGGCUACAAGAAAAAGUAUGAAGAGGAGCUCUCCCUGCGGCCCUGUGCAGAGAAUGAGUUUGUCGCCUUGAAGAAGGAUGUGGACACGGCAUUCCUGAUGAAGGCCGACCUGGAGACCAACGUGGAGGCGCUGCUGCAGGAGACUGACUUCCUGAAAGGCCUGUAUGAGGAGGAGAUCUGCCUGCUCCAGUCUCAGAUUUCGGAGACCUCGGUCAUUGUGAAGAUGGACAACAGCAGGGAGCUGGACGUGGACGGCAUCAUCGCCGAGAUCAAGGCCCAGUAUGACGACAUCGCCAGCCGCAGCAAAGCCGAAGCCGAGGCCUGGUACCAGCGCCGGUAUGAGGAGCUGAGGAUGACGGCAGGGAGUCACUGUGACAACCUCCGAAGCCGAAAGAACGAGAUCCUGGAAAUGAACAAGCUGAUUCAACGGCUGCAGCAAGACGUCGAGACCGCGAAAGCCCAGCGUUGCAAACUCGAGGGAGCUGUAGCAGAGGCCGAGCAGCAGGGCGAGGCGGCCCUCAGCGACGCCCGCGGCAAGCUGGCCGGGCUGGAGGAGGCCCUGCAGAAGGCCAAGCAGGACAUGGCCUGCCUGCUGAAGGAGUACCAGGAGGUGAUGAACUCCAAGCUGGGCCUGGACAUCGAGAUCGCCACCUACCGGCGCCUGCUGGAGGGCGAGGAGAGCCGGCUGUGCGAAGGUGUUGGGCCGGUGAACAUCUCUGUGAGCAGCACCAAAGGCUCCCUGCUCUAUGAGCCCUGUGUCGUCAGCACGCCCAUGCUGAGGCCCGAGUACUGCUCAGGGGCCACUAGCGUCCUGCGCAGCAGCAGGGCCUGCAGUGUGGUGGGCACCGGUGAGCUCUAUAUCCCCUGUGAGCCUCAGGCCAUACUGAGCUGUGCCAGUGGUUGCAGCUCCAGCAGGAAGAUGGGGGCUGGGGGCUCCUCUAGCCACAAAUGCUAG